AUGACGCGGUACAGGAACCAUGUCCCGCCUUUGGACAGCCCAUCGAAGCAGCUUCUGCUCGACCUUGUUCGCGACCUCGAGCAAGUCAAGCUUUUUGAUGCCGAUCUGAGAAAGGUACACGAAUAUGAGCGCAAGUCCUUCUAUGAAAAUCUCGACCGGAUCGACCGCGAACGCGAAGCUGUCCACACAGCCGCCCUCGACGAGGCUGCCGCUUUCCACGACCGCGUCCGCGAGGAGGCAGAGACAACCCUGAAGGACCACCUUCGCGCCGAGGAGGAAGAACGUAUGCGGAAGGAAGAGGCAGCUCGCAAAGAAAAAGAACGAAUUGAACGCGAGAAGGCAGAGAAAUUACGACUGGAACAAGAAGCAGCCGCGCGUGCGGAGGCCGUACGCCAAGCAAAGGAACAGGCCGUGAAGAAGGCCCAAGAAGAGGAGGCCAAGAAGGCUGCCGCCGUUGAAGCCGCCCGCAAGGCCGCAAUUGAAGAAAAGCUUCGCAAGGAACGCGAACAGGCCGAAGCUCAGAAGCGCAGGCAGGACGAGGACGCGAAGAAGGCGCAGCAAGAGGCCGACCAAAAAGCUCAAACUCAACAGCAGCAGCAAUUCGGUGCUAGAAACCUUUCGGCUGAAGAUAUCCGCGUGCACCAGCGUUACGUUGAGUUACAUAAAACAUUAAAGGAAAUGCGCAAGUGGUUGAAAGACACUAGCCAAGGCCAGCCUGCCCUCAAAACGACCAUGGGAAAUAUGCGACGAUCCAUUAAGAAAUCCGUUGGUCAGCUUCGAUCUGGAACGGGUGCGAACAAACAACAGAUUAUUCAGCUCAAAGCCGAACUUGAAAAAGCUCUUGCAUACCCAGAGCCAACUGUUGAUAUCCGGAAGUUUAUCGCAUUCCCGUCUGAGGAGAUAGCAAAGUCCGAGAACAAGGUACCGGCAAUGCUGAUUUACGGAUUAAACAUUUUUGCAAAGAGCUUGGUGUCCUCCCUUCUGGCUGAGGCGUCCAUCAAGCACUCUCACGCCGAGCCGAUCGGCAUCGUUGCCGCUCAGAUCUUCUCCUUCGAUAUAUUCACAUACAAGGGCGUCCAUAUGUCAGAUAUCAUGUGGGCCAAGUACCGUGUUGUAUGCCCAGCCCUAUGGGGCUUCACAGGCAAUGACAAGACCGAGGGAGGUCGUCGUGUACUAGGCUGGUGGCGUUCUGCAGACACUGGCUCAUGGGUCCCCGAACAAGCACACAUGGACCGCAUGACUGCACUCGGUGCUGGAUAUGCUGCUAUGACUCUACGCAACUUUGCCAAAUCGCCACGUCAUAACCCAUUCCCCAACACCAUGUUCUGGUCCUCGCUUCACAAAAUUCUUGCCAUCCCACCAGCAGAAUUACAGGAGACGCAGGUUGCGCUCCUCGCAGCAUUGCUUCGGUCAUCGGGCGAGAGGAUCGUUGGUUUCUUUGGACAAUAUGGCCUCGCUCUUAUGCAUUAUGCCAUUGUCGACUUGCCCCGUAAGCUUGGGCGGGAAACUAUGGCCGUGACCCAGCUGAGCACCCUUCGGGAAAUCUAUCUUAAGGAAAAGAAUUUUGCGCUGUGA